CUAUCCCCCACAAAAAAAAAUAUCUAACAAAAAAAGGAAGAAUCUCAGAGUAAAUAUUAUAUGAGCUUCUCCUACAAUCACAACCAAACCAUCCGAUCACGGUGCUAGAUUAUCAACGAAGAAUAAACUUUCAAUGGAGAGCACCGAUUCUUCCGGUGGUCCUCCACCGCCACCGCAGCCUAACCUUCCUCCAGGCUUCCGGUUUCACCCAACCGACGAAGAACUAGUCGUUCACUACCUCAAACGCAAAGCCGCCUCUGCUCCUUUACCUGUCGCCAUCAUAGCUGAAGUUGAUCUCUACAAAUUCGAUCCAUGGGAACUUCCAGCCAAGGCAUCGUUUGGUGAGCAAGAAUGGUACUUCUUCAGUCCUAGAGAUCGGAAGUAUCCGAACGGAGCUAGGCCAAACAGAGCGGCAACGUCAGGGUACUGGAAAGCAACGGGUACUGACAAACCGGUGCUAGCCUCCAACGGGAACCAGAAGGUCGGCGUGAAGAAGGCACUCGUCUUCUACAGUGGCAAACCUCCAAAAGGUAUUAAAAGUGAUUGGAUCAUGCAUGAGUAUCGUCUCAUAGACAACAAACCAAACAACAGACCACCAGGAUGUGACUUUGGCAACAAAAAAAACUCUCUCCGGCUUGAUGAUUGGGUUCUAUGUCGCAUCUACAAGAAGAAUAACGCAGGCCGACAUGUGGAUAACGAUAAGGAUCAUGACAUGAUUGAUUACAUCUUCAGGAAAAUUCCUCCGCCGUUAUCAAUGGCGGCGGCCACCACCGGACUUCUUCACCAUAAUGUCUCUAGGUCUAUGAACUUCUUCCCCGGCGGUUACGGGAUGUUCCCGGACGGUGAUCACGGUUUGUACGACGGAAGUGGCAUGACCAACAACAACGUAGCAGUCUGCACCAACGGUGACGGUUUGAAUCAUGCUUCUUCCUCUGGACCGAUGAUGAUGGAGAAUCUGAAACGACCUCUUCCGGUGCCGUUUUGGCCUGUAGCGGAGGAAGAGCAAGAUGUAUCUCCGAGCAAACGUUUUCACGGUGGAGGAGGAGGAGGAGGAGACUGUUUGAACAUGUCUUCUUCAAUGAUGGAAGAAGCUCCACCGUUGAUGCAACAGCAAGGUGGUGUGUUAGGGGAUGGUUUAUUCAGAACGACGUCGUACCAGUUAUCUGGUUUAAACUGGUACUCUUCUUAAGAAAUCGAUAUGUGGGUUGUCGCCGGUGUGAACAAUAUUUCCGGUGACAGUGACGAGUUGUAGAGUACUAGUUUUAUGAUUAGUGGGGUCAUUUGCAUUGUGUAACUUGAGAUUGGUUUAUAUAUUUUAGGUUAAUUAAUUGGUCAUAGCCUAGGGGAGAUGUGAGGCAAAAAAAAAUCAUAUAGAAACAUAGGAUUACUGAAAGAGUAUACUGUUUUCUUAAUUUAAAUGUAAAAAAUUAUACAUACUUAGAUGAUUAAAUAUAGAUUGUAUAGAUGCAUAUAGUCAUCUCAAUGAUAUUCUGAGUUUGUAAUCUCUUGUAAAGGAAAUGAUUAAAAAAUGAAAAACAAAAUAGUUGUGUAA